AUUAAAUGUGAAUUUAUGUACUUAAGUUUUCUAUUGUAGAUUUUUAACUUUAGCAAUGCAGCACCACGAUUCUAAUGUAGUGGUACCGAUCAACUACGUAUUAUUUACCAUUAGUGCCAUAGUAUCAGGUGUUCUGUUUUAUCACGAAUUUACUGGUUUGUCCUCGGUGAAUAUAUUUAUGUUUUUAUUCGGUUGUUUCCUGUCGUUCGUGGCUGUAUAUUUCAUAUCGGCGAACCGGGAGGAGCAUGGCACUAAAAACAGAAUGUCUUGUACAGUAACCAAUCCAAACGUUCAGGAUUCGAUGCCCUGUCUUGAUAUCCGCUCAGUACAGCCACACGCACCAAACGGCGGUAAAAGCGACGAUCUGUUGUUGCCUUUACUGACACUCAUGGAAGACAAAACAAUCAGCAGUUAUGGUUCAUCGGACAAAAAAUAAUUAAACGUAUCGAGACCAAGGAGGUACAACCAGACAAUAUACACGCAAUGUCAGAGAGGGGGAG